AUGUUCAAAAGCCAGUUUAUUGAUGCUGCUGUUGCUUCCAACGCUCUGCGUUUCGGUAGCUUCACAUUGAAAUCCGGUCGCAUUUCCCCUUAUUUUUUCAAUUUGGGUCUUUUCAACUCCGGCGAGGUUCUCGUUCAGCUAGCCACUGCCUACGCUACAACCAUCCUCGAGUCAGGCAUUGAGUUUGAUGUUAUUUUCGGUCCGGCAUACAAAGGUAUUCCUAUUGCUGCGCUCACCGUUGCCAAAAUCGCUGAGCUCGACCCCUCGAAGGGCAAAUUGGAGUAUGCUUUCAACCGUAAAGAGGCCAAGGACCACGGCGAGGGAGGAAACAUCGUCGGUGGUAGCCUCGAAGGUCGUCGGGUUUUGGUUGUGGACGAUGUUAUCACUGCAGGCACCGCCAUCAAUGAAGCUCGAACCAUCAUUGAGGCAGCUAAGGGCACCAUCGUUGGUGUUGUGACUGCUUUGGAUCGUCAGGAACGCACCGCCGACAGCACAGUCUCUGCUCUUACUGCUGUCUCUCAGCGAUUCAACGUUCCUGUUCUAAGCAUUGUAAACUUGAGCGACAUCAUCGCUCAUUUGAGUAGCAGUUUGAGUGCUGAACAGCUUCAGGCGCUCAAAGACUACCAGAAACAGUACGGAGCUGCUUGA